CCGAUCCGAGUCAGUCCGAUGUCGUACACACUUGAGUGUUUGCUAUCUCUCGGUGGUGUACAAUUCGGCGAUAACCCGAGACGAGGAUCAGAUAUAAUCUGUCUUCCUGCUCUGCCUCUUAACGGACACAGCUCAUGAUGUCAGUGGAAGUUGCCAUCAAGGACGGCGCCAAGACGACUGGGGAGGGCCCGCACUGGGAUGAUACCACGCGCUCUCUCCUGUACGUCGACAUAAUGGACGGGGGCGUCGUACGGUGGAACUCGGUUACUGGGCAACAGGAGGCCAAACAUUUUGAUGAGGAUGUGGGCUUUGUGGUACCGUGCCGGAAGGGUGGUUACAUCAUGGGGCUUGGGCGCAAACUUGCCCAUAUGGACUGGGACAGUGGAAAGGUGACCGUCCUGCACGAGGUGGCCCCGAAAGGCUCUAAAAACAGGUUUAAUGACGGCAAAUGUGACCCAAGAGGCAGAGUGUGGGCAGGCACCAUGGGACGCGAGACGGAACCUGCCAACCCGGAGAGGGAGAUGGGUGAACUGUUCAGUCUCGGGCUGGACGGACAGCUGGUCAGCCACAAGGACAAGAUAGACAUCUCUAACGGCCUGGCGUGGGCAGAGGACAACCGGACUAUGUACUAUAUAGACUCACUCCCCAGGAAGGUGUACGGCUUCGAUUACGACAUUGACACGGGCAAUAUCAGUAACCAGCGAACCGUGGUAGACUUUGGCGAGGGAACUGUCGAUACACUGGGGUUCCCGGACGGCAUGACCAUAGACACUGAGGGUAAACUCUGGGUAGCCUGCUACCGUGUCGGUAAAGUGGUUCGCUUCGAUCCUCUCUCUGGGAAAGAAAUGAGAACUAUCGAAUUUCCGGCACUAAGGACAACGUCAUGCUGUUUUGGCGGGAAAAACUUGGAUGAACUGUAUGUGACCUGUGGUCGCACUGGCGCCUCAGAGGAGGAACUGGAGAAAUACCCCCUGUCUGGUUCUGUGUUCAAGGUCACAGGAUUAGGGGUUAAAGGUUAUCCUGCAACUAUAUAUGAAGGUUAAUCAUGUCAGAAAUUGUAGAAAGGCUUAUCACUCAAUUUAUAGAACAACCGUUUAAAUAAAAAACUUAUGACAAAUCA